AUGUCGGAGGGUACGUCGGAGGGUACGUCAGAGGGUUCGUCGGAGAGUACGCCAGAAUUCGACGCCGAUUUCUCGCUGGAGGAAUCGUUGUUGUUGUGUGCGAGACGUGGACAGACAAACAUCAUAGGUGACAUCUUACAGAGUGGACAGGCUGUCACUGUGCAUGUUGACAUAAACCGUAAAGGCUGCCAGAAGUCAAAUCGAGGAUGCACUGCGCUCCAUUUAGCUGCCUAUUUUGGUCACACAGACACUGUGAAAACACUGUUAAAGGACGUUGUUACAGUGUUACUACAAAAUGGUGCUGAUGUGUCAAUGCUGAAUGCAGAGGGUCACACUGCAAAAUCAUUGACACAUAACCCGGAAAUAAUAAAACUCAUCGAAGCGGCAGAAGUCCAUGAAACCAGUCGUGUAGAAGAGGAGUUAAUGUCGUCUGUCAGGCAUGGGGAAGUGGAGAAAAUUAAAGAUCUAGUCAGCAGUGGUAAGGUAAACAGUGUAGGGUGCUUAGACAGUUUCGGUAACUCUGCACUACACAUAGCAGCCCAGUCUGGUCAGAAAGACGUAGCAGUAUUCCUGCUCCAACAGGGUAUUGAUGUCAACGCCAAAAACAAUCAAGGACAAGUGGCUUGUGAUGUGGCCAAGAAUGAGCAAAUGCGACAGUUAUUGCUGGUGAAACCAUGGGAACAGGCCAUGAAAGUGCCCAACAGAUUUGAGGGGCUUCUUAUAAAGGUAGGGGCCAAAUGCAACAGUUAUUACUGGUGA